GUGUUUUAAAUUGUCUUUGAAAACCCGGAUCUUUAGGAAGUAAAAACUUUUAAACAUGUUGCCUUUCGUCAGAGUCAAUCAAUUUUACGACGAUAAAUGGAUAAACUGAGGAAACAGAAUGACGAUUAUGUCAUCAAGACGCGCAGCGUGUGGCUGAAAGGUGUGAGGUGUGCUUGUUUUCUUUACGUGUGCUUGAGUGCCUUUGAUUGAGUGCUUUUGCUAAGCCUGCGGACCUUUUCUGCACACUUACAACAACAACAAACGUGCUACUGGAUGUCUGACCCAAUCGGGUCCCGGUGAAUGGGACCGAACACGCACAACAUGUUUAGAAGCACUUUUCAAGGUGGAUUUCUAUCUAUAUUAUACAGCAUCGGCAGCAAACCUCUUCAGAUAUGGGAUAUAAAGGUGAAGAAUGGUCAUAUUAAACGAGUUACAGACAAUGACAUCAACUCUCUGGUGUUGGAGGUGGAGGGUUCAAAUGUCAGUACCAACUACAUCACAUGUCCCGCUGACCCGAGGCAGACACUUGGCAUCAAAAUGCCGUUUCUGGUGAUGAUCGUCAAGAAGACCAGGAAAUAUUUCAGCUUUGAAGUCCAGGUCUUAGACGAUCAGAAUUUACGCCGGAGGUUUCGGGCCAGUAAUCACCACAGCAAGACGCAAGUGAAUUCAUUUAUGUGCACAAUGCCAAUUAGUGUUGAUGACCGCUGGAACCAGUUUCAAUUCAACUUGGUAGACAUCACCAGGAGGGCCUAUGGGACCAGUUAUGUAGAGACGCAGCGUGUGCAGAUUCAUGCAAAUUGUCGUAUUCGGAGGGUAUAUUUCACCGAUAAACAGUACACUGAGGAUGAGCUCCCACCCGAGUUUAAGCUGGUUAUUCCUGUCAAGAGACAGGACGCAAGCAAAAAGGGAGGUCCUCGACCUGCUCCACCUCGACCGACCUGAACCAAGUUUGAGCACAACUAUUUGUGUGUGUUAGUUUAACUUUGAACAUCUAUUAUAUUCAAAGUUGAAAAUGUUUCUUUUUAGUUGUGUCUCUUCCUAUUUUGUUUUAAACAAAUUCCACUUCUUUAUUGUUUGAUUUAUUUACAUUAUGAAUCAAUGCAAUACAAGUGUUAAUCAUAAUACUGGAAA